ACAAAUAAAAGGUGAAUUUCGAGCUAUUGAAAUUCAUGUAACAGUCCAAUGACUCUAUUGUUUCCUAAGUAACGUGUGUAUAUUACAACGGUUUAAUUUUGUUUGUACCGGAGGAUUAGGUUGGAAAAACCAGAAUAUCUAUAAUUCCGGGCUUAAACUUGAUCUAAGAACAAAAAGGACGAAACAUCAUUUUGAAGAUUUAAAGGACAGGGAGUGUUUAGACGUUCAAAAGUUUGACGUUGUCAUGAAAGCAGUGAGGGGAUCACUUCUGAUAAAAAUGCUGAAGGAAAGUAACUUACUUCGUGAUUGUGGAUUCGGGAAACUCGUGUUCUUCCUUUUAAGGAUGUUUGUGGAUUAUGAUGCCUUUUUCCCGCUCAAACCAAUGGAUCUAAAUUGCAAAGCAUCACAGGCACAAGAGAUAGUGUCCAUUGAUUUGAAAAAGGAACUUAUAUCGGUUUUUAAAAACGCUUUAAAACAAACUAAGCGUGCAUUAGAUUUAUACACUGACUGUUCGAGCAUAGUAAAAUAUUUUAAAGAGGCUUUUUUGGAAUAUCUAAGAAAUCUCAGUAUUUCUCGAUUUAAAUUUAAUAGUGUUUUUCCAAAAAGAAACUAUUUGAGUGACACCCAAAUUAGGUUGACAAAUGGUACUUCUGGAUCGUGUCAGAAUCAUUGGAUAUCAUUGAGAAAUGUAAAUAACACUUUCGUCUCAUCGUUCAAACAACUACAUUGUUCGCCAGUCAUUAAUAGAAUUUCAACAACAACACCAAUGGUAUGUGUAGUGUUACCAUACUACGGGACUUUCCAUCAAUCUUAUACUCAUAUAGUUAUGGUCAUAUCCGAAAUUAACCUAUUGUGUAUAUGUGCAAGUAACAUUCAAAAUAAUUUGAAAAUGUGUGCGUAUUUCGUUUUAUUAUGCCACCAUAUAUUAACAUUCUGUCUAAUUCAAUGUUCAUGGGUAUUGAUGACAUCGUACGUAAAAAGCACUUUGAGAAACAAUGAUAUAUCGACAUAUUCAGUGUCAUGUCUGCGGGAGAAGAUAUGGCUACCACUUGACCAAAUUCAUUAUCAUCGGACGUACACAAUCUUUCCAGCAUUUGCACCCAUGAUGUCAAUAGUUGACAGACUCGCAAAAAAGGAAAAGGUCCAUCCCAAAGAGAGUAUGAGAUACGAAAUGAUGCGAUUUUGUACUUUGCGCUCCUACCCAGCCGAGGGAAAACCGUCUGUACUUAAAUUUGCAAAAGCAGGUUUCUACUAUGCUUCGAACAAGGAUGAAGUUAUAUGUUAUUGCUGCGCUAAGCGUAUUUCGAACUGGAAACCAGACGAUGACCCAUAUCAGGCUCACAAAAGAAUUACGCCGAAUUGCAGCUUUAUUGUGAACAAUGGAGAUGUAAACGUCCCAGUUUCAAACGUAACAGUCACUAAUGCAAACGAUGUUCUUCAGAAGAUCAUCACCGACCUAGAUGAUAAUAACACUGUUUGGAGAUUCGAUUCUGAAAACUCUGAUAGUGACAGUGAAAACGAUAUUGCAAGUGAUGAUGAUGAAAGAAACGAAGACCAAAACAAUAGGAUUCCGUUAGUUACUGAGAACCACAUGAAAGAAACACAAUUUGUUCCAAAACAGAACUACAAUGUAAUAGAUACUGUAACUCGGGCUAAGGACAGUGGUUUUGUCAGUCUACCUAUAGAACCUACAAAUACAUCUGUUAGUCUAGAGGAGGAUUGCUUCCGGCCGAAACCGCAGGGUGGAUUUGCAUCAAUGGCUCCAAUAUCAGAGAAUAGAACAAUAGAUCCAACUUUUCAAACUGGAAUGGUUUUGCCACUAAAUGACUUGAGUACUCACAUUAAAACCAUCCACACGAUUGCCUAUCAACCAACACAAAACGACCCACCACGACAGAGAAAAUCAAAUAGGAUAUCACGGAGAAGAACACGACGCCAACGCCAAUCGCCAGCCCCAUCGGAUCCCCCCGGAAUAGACAUACGGAAAGAAAGAGCUGGCGAAACUUCUGCUGCGUAUCAGCAAAGUUCUGUUCCUGAACGAAAACCCACAAACAAAACUGCGCAAUAUCUGAAAAUUCCAAAGUAUCCCAAAUUUUCGACACUUUCUUCAAGAAUAUCGAGUUUCAACCAGUGCCCAGAAAUCCAUGUCAUGCCAAGAACCCUAGCAGAAGCCGGGUUUUUUUUACGCCGGGAUAGGUGAUUGUACCAGAUGUUUUUGUUGCGGCAUAGGUCUACGGCAUUGGACACGCGAAGACGAUCCAUGGACCGAGCAUGCGCGAUUUUCAUUGGAAUGUGAUCACGUGCAAAUAAACAAAGGUCAAGAGUUUAUUAACUUGGUUAAACUGACGCUAGACCUGACAGAAGAAAAGGAUGGAUGUUUGCAAGCCCAAGCACCAGAGACUCCAGUAGAAACGCAAG